GCUGCUGAGAGGGGAGGGAGCAUACAGAGCCAGGUUUCGGCUUUCAACGCAUACCACACUAACAGCACCAAAAUACACUAAAAUACGGGCUAACCGGGCUUGUAGGACUACAGUGGACUACACCUUCAACUAAAACUGACUUCGGAUUUUGGGGAAGUCGCCAGUGACCACGGAUUGUGGAUUGUGAAAAGAGUUUUGAUUGCCUUUUAAUGUGGGAAUGCUUUCUCCUCUUCUCCGUGGUAUGUGGAUCUGGGAGCGACCAUGUUAUUAGGCAGGUGAUAAAAGGAGCCGUGGGCUGCUCUAUCCCAGCUUGAAUAAGAUCCAGGAUAGAAACCGAGAUAUAUACGGAGAAGAGCAUUCACUGGAACCAGGGAAAAUGAAAAUGAAUGCAUCUCUGUAUCACUGACAAGCAGACCUGGGAUGAUAUCAUGACCUUUUCUUCCUGAGAGUAACUAGUUUAGCAAUGAGUGGGGGGAUAUAAUGGCCAAGAACAAGGAUGCACGCCCCCCAACAUUCGCCGUCAGCGUGGUUGGCCUCUCGGGGACGGAGAAAGAGAAGGGAAAUUGUGGCGUGGGGAAGUCCUGCCUAUGCAACCGAUAUGUGCGUCCAGAUGCAGACAACUACUACUCGGAGCACACCUCAGUGCUCAGCACGAUAGACUUUGGUGGUCGUGUAGUUAACAACGACCACUUCUUGUACUGGGGAGAGGUGUCGCAUCGAGGGGAUGAGGGAUUGGACUAUAAAAUCCAAAUCAUUGAAGAAACGGAGUUCAUCGAUGACCAGACGUUUCUUCCGCAUCGGAGUACGAACUUGCAGCCAUACACAAAGCGGGCAGCAGCAACCAAGCUCCAGUCAGCAGAGAAGCUUAUGUACAUCUGCACAGACCAGCUGGGCUUGGAGCAGGACUUUGAUCAGAAGCAAAUGCCUGAUGGGAAGCUAAACAUCGAUGCCUUUGUGUUGUGCAUUGAUGUUAGUAAGGGUUGCAACAGGAAGUUUGAUGACCAAAUGAAAUUUGUCAAUAGCCUUUACUCUCAAAUUGUCAAGUCAAAGAAGCCUAUUGUUGUUGCUGCCACGAAAUGUGAUGAGUGUGUAGAUCAGUACCUGAGGGACCUGCAGGGCUUUGUUGCCAGUAAGAAGAACCUGAUGCUGAUUGAAACAUCAGCACGCUCCAAUGUCAACAUAGAGCUUUGCUUCAACGCCCUAAUCCAGCAGCUGGAUAAAACAAGAGGGAAGCCAAAAACUGUGCCAUACCUGGAGGCCUAUAAAAUCCAACGUCAGCUUGCUGCCUCAGCAACAGAUAGAUUUGAGAAAUUGAUGGUACACUCAGUUAGAGAUUAUCACAUCACUUGGAAAACUGUGAUGAAUAAUCUAAAGGGGCAGUCUGACUAUCAUGAGUUCAUUACCUUGGAGGGCACCAAGAAGGCCCGCAACAUGUUCACAAAGCACAUUGCACAACUGAAACAGGAGCACAUUAAGAGGAGAAGGGAGGAGUACCUGACGACGCUACCGAAAACCCUUAACAACAUCCUCAAUAACCUGGACGAGAUUGAACACCUUUCAUGGCCCGAGGCGCAGAGUGUGAUCCGGAACAGGUCUGAUUUCCAGUACUGGUUUGUGAUACUGGAAAAUACACCGUGGGACGAGACGGACCAUAUUGAUAACAGUGACCGUAGGAUACCCUUUGACCUUCUUGAUACACUGGACGGUGAGAGAAUUUACCAUAAUCACGUCCAGCACCUUCUGUCUGAGAAGAGGAGGGGGGAAAUGAAAGAGAGGUUCAAGAAGACAUUGGAGAGGGUUCAUUUUAUCACUCCGGGGCAGCCUUGGGAGGAAGUCAUGUGCUUUGUCAUGGAGGAUGAGGCCUACAAGUACAUCACGGAAUCAGAUAGGAGGGAUGUUUACUGUAGGCACCAGCAGGAAAUAGUUGAAAGGGCUAAAGAGGAUUUUCAGGAAAUGCUUUUCGAGCACGCCGAGUUAUUCUAUGACUUGGACCUGAAUGCAACCCCCAGCUGUGACAAGAUGAGUGAAAUUCACAGUGUGCUGAAUGAGGAGCCCAGAUACAGAGCACUGCAGAAACUUGCCCCAGAUAGAGAGUCGCUCCUCCUCAAACACAUUGGGUUUGUUUAUCAUCCCACUAAGGAGACAUGCCUGAGCGGGCAGAACUGUGUGGAUCUGAAAGUGGAGCAAGUUUUAGCAAACAGGCUGGUACAGCUCGACCACGGACGCUCUAAUCUUUACUAUAACAGUGCCAACAUCGAUAAAAUAAACCUCUGCCUCCUGGGAAAGGAGGGUCUCUCACAGGACCUAGCCAAUGAGAUCCGAGCUCAGUCUACAGACGAUGAGUACACUCUAGAUGGUAAAAUCUAUGAACUGGAGCUUCUUCCUGUGGACGUCAACUCCACUUUGCUCUUCAGCCACACAUGGGUCACCACUUUUAAGCCACACGGCUGCUUUUGUGUGUUCAACUCAAUAGAGUCGCUUAACUCUAUUGGCGAUUGCAUAGGCAGGAUAAGGGCGGAGAUAGCACAGAGUCGGCGAGAUAGAUUUGCUCAGCCGCUCCCUUUUAUUCUCAUCCUGGCAAAUCAGAGAGACAGUGUUUGUAAAAACAUACCCAUCUUGAGGCACCAGGGUCAGCAGCUGGCAAACAAAUUGCAGUGCACCUUUGUCGACAUCCCCUCCGGAGCCUUUCCUCGCAAAUUCACGGAGUUCCAAAUCAAGCAGGGUCUCAGAGCAGUGCUGGAGGGGCUAAAGCAUAGCUUUGAGGUCUUGGCGCCACUGCCAUUUAUCAAAGACAUGUCAGAGAUGGACCUUAGAAUAGUCAUGUGCGCCAUGUGCUGGGAUCCCUUCAGCGUUGACCUCAUCCUCUCGCCCUUUCUAGACUCGCAUUGCUGUAGCGCUGGACAGCCUGGUCAGAGCAACACACUGAUACUGGAUAAGAUCAUAGGGGACAGCAGGAGGAGGAUCCAGGUCACCGUCCUCUCCUACCACUCCGCCAUUGGUGUUCGUAAAGAUGAACUAGUGCAUGGCUAUAUUUUGGUCUACUCUGCCAAACGCAAAGCUUCCAUGGCGACCCUGCGCGCCUUCCUGGCAGAAGUCCAGGAUGUAAUCCCCGUGCAGAUGGUGGCAAUCACAGACAGCCAGGCGGAUUUCUUUGAGAAUGAUGCCAUCAAGGAGUUGAUGACCGAGGGGGAGCACAUUGCCACAGAGAUUGCUGCCAAGUUUACGGCCCUCUACUCGCUGUCCCAGUAUCAUCGACAGACUGAGGUUUUCACCCCUUUUUUCAAUGAAGUGCUAGAGAAGAAGCCUAACAUUGAGAGCUCCUUCCUGUUUGACAGCUCGUCACGUGAGUGCACCACAGGAGCCAGUGAGGAUGUCUUCCCCACGUCUCCCCAUAGCCACUCCCCAGCUUACAACACUUACUACCCAGAGUCUGACGAUGAUAAUGAGGCCCCCCCACCUUAUAGUCCAAUAGGCGAUGAUGUUCAGCUUCUCCCCACACCCAGUGAGCGGGCUAAAUACAGGAUCGACCUCGAGGGCAAUGAGUACCCAGUCCAUAGCACACCUGUCGGAGACCAUGAACGCAACCACAAAGUGCCUCCACCCGUCCGGCCCAAACCAGUGCUCCCCAGGCCUAAUGUUAAAAAGCUGGACCCCAACCUGCUCAAAACCAUUGAGGCUGGUAUGCGAAGUAAUCGAAGAAUGCCACGUGCCCCAGUGAUGCACACUGAAGAUGUGGAGCCAUCAGACAACUAUGCAGACCCUGUGGACACCCUACUCAGACCCAGGGGCUUCCACAAUGACGACAUAUAUGCUGUGCCUGAAGAUGCACACAAUCGCCUGAUCAAAAUAAAGAACUCUUUUGGUGGGUUACACAUUCUCCACGGAGGAGGAGAGGAAGAGAAUGGGUUUGAUCGGAAAUCCCAGGCUGCAAGGCGGCCAUCAAAAUAUAAAGAUCGCUCAAAAAUCCUUUUCAGCAAGACGAAAGCCUACCAAAGACGAUUCCACUCGGACAGUGAUGGAGAGGAGACCGGCCCGGCCACUCAGAAAAAGAAAAACAGAAGAGCCCAUCGGGGCAGCGAGGAGGACCCGCUGCUCUCUCCCGUCGACCCUUGGAAGGGUGGGAUUGAUAAUCCUGCAAUCACCUCCGACCCAGAGCAGGAGGACAAGAAGCUGAAAAAGAAGAAGACGCCCAAGACGCCAAAAGAAUCCAAGAAGCCGAAAUCCUCCAAGCCCCCCAAACCGCUGUACCCACCCACUCGAAGAACCUGGGAGAGCAACUACUUUGGCGUUCCCUUGCAGAACCUAGUAACCCCGGAUCGCCCCAUCCCACUUUUCAUCGAUAAAUGUGUCGACUACAUAGAGCGCACAGGUCUGACGACAGAGGGCCUGUAUCGCGUCAGUGGGAACAAGACAGACCAGGACAACAUUCAGAAACAGUUUGAUCAAGAUCACAGUAUUGACUUUGUGGCGAUGGAUGUGGCGGUGAAUGCCGUUGCUGGAGCGCUGAAGGCUUUCUUUGCUGACCUGCCCGAUCCGCUGAUCCCCUACAGCCUGCACCCAGAGCUGGUGGAGGCCGCAAAAAUCAUGGACUACAUGGAGCGUCUGCAGGCACUGCGGGAGAUUGUGAAAAAGUUUCCUCCCGUCAACUACCAGGUCUUCAAAUACAUCAUCACACACCUCAACAGAGUGAGCCAGCAUAGCAAAACAACCCUGAUGACAGCCGACAAUCUGUCCAUCUGCUUCUGGCCCACGCUCAUGCGGCCCGACUUCGAGAACAAGGACACGCUGUCGACCACCAAGCUGAACCAGGCCGUCAUCGAGUCCUUCAUUGUACAGAGCGACUACUUCUUCCACGGCGGCGAGGUGGCCGAGAGCUCCAGCAGCGAAGGGACACCGCCCCCGCACUGCCACAACAUGGUGGAGGCCCUGCUGCCGCUGCAGCUGCCGCCCCCCCUGCAGCCACAGCAGAUCCAGCACACCCUGCCCCCUGACCCGCUCAUAUAAGAGCCAGAGGAGCAUGCUGGGAAGUGAAGUGGAGGGUGGUUGUUUGCCCGCGCUGCCAGCCGCUUACGGCCGACAAUUGCAGGUCAUCCUCUGCUCUACAAAUAGCUGGCGGGCUCAUAAAAAUGGAAAAUAAAACAACCUGGUUGCUGAUUUUCGGGGGAUUCAUCAGCUGCUGUUUGUCAUCGACUUGGAGGUGAAUGAGCUUUGGGGGUUUAGAGGCGCGUCGACCAUUUGUUGGAUCAAACCUAAUCUGUGAGACCUGCUCAUCCUGUGAGGAAAAUCCUGGAUUAGAGAAUUACAAUCGCACGUCACCUUUUGGAACUAAUUUUUGUAUCUGACUGCCCCCCCUUCAUGAUACAGAAGCUGAAAACGGCGAAUGAACCGCUUUGAUUUGGCACAUAGUGACAACACUAAUCGUUCCACAGGGUCAGACACAGACUCUUGGGAUCCCAGGACACACUCCUACCUUUAACCCAGACGGAAUAGCACAUUGGGGGCCAGAAGUCCCUAGUAAGCACCGCCCUCCUCAUCCCCGCUCCGAGAUAAGAGAAAAGGGAAGUUGAAUCCCUGCGACUGCAACUCAAAUGUGAAACGAUCUGAUACGGACUGAUUGGCGGACUCAUUAGCUGACUUGACCGGCUACCUGACUAACACACAUGCUGACUGUGAGGAUUUCAGUCUUCCUGCAGGUUUCAGCACAGGAAAACAUUUCUUCUUCUUUUGUUUGACCCCGUUCAUAAGAAGGAAGGAGGGAUCAACAAGACACUAAAGGUCAAACACACUCAUGGGCGCGAGAUGAAGUCAAAGCCUUGUAGAAGAGCUUUUCAGUUUCGGUGAGGUGGGAGAUGGUGCGCUCUCACUUUUAAAUCCUAAAUGACAAAAAAAGAAAGAAAAAAACAAAAAACAAAGAACCCCCUUCCCGCUACAUGAACUUUGACCCUCGUCAAGGACAGCACAUGCACGAUUUGUGUCAAAAGUCCACAUGCCAAUUUCAUGUCUGUUUGCUUAGCUCUUUUUUUCUCUCCAUUAUUUUCAUUUUUUUAAAACAAAAAUAUUUUUUGUAACGUCAGAUAUCGACCCAGCUUGUGUGUUUGUGUGAUGAUGCUGAUGAUGUGUGUGAUGGUGUAUCUGUGUGAACUGCCCUGUGGUUUGUAUCGCAGCCACUUUGUACCUUCCCAUCAUGGGGAAGGAGGGGAUUCAGAAGGGAAAAAGGAACGGAGAAUGUGGACUUUGUGGAUUUGUGAUGCUCCAUGUGAGCGAUUCGUCACACUAACUGUUCCUGAGUGUCUCCAUAGAGCCUCAAACUGUUAAUGCACCGCCUCUCAAUCGGAAGGGACGGCAACCCCUCGACGAUGGCACAUGAAUAAGGAAACCACUACGUUGCGAUGCAUUCUGGACCUGUUCGGUUCAAGGAGGCGUCUUCCAUGUUGGGCUUACUUCCUAGAGGAUGCUUCACAUCUUUUCAUUUCCAUUUUUUUUUCAUUCUCCUGUUUCUGUUGGUUUGUUGAAAUCAAAAGUUUGCAUGUCUCUGUUUUUGCCACUUAGUGAAAAAAAAAGAGCUUUAACGUUAAAAAAAAGAAAGAAAUGAAACUAAAUGAGCUCCUGUUCAGAUUUGCAUUGUUUUAUCUGAAUCUCUUUGGGUUAACGGGAACGUUUCAGAAAACAUUUUCGGGGUUUUUUUGUUCUUUUUCCGCCAUGCAAGAAAUCAACACUUAAUAUCAUAUUUUUGGUUAUAUAGUUUUCCCUAAAUAGAGGAAAGAAGUAUAUAUAAGUAUAUAUAAAUAUAUUAAAAAAAUAUCAGCAGCAGAAGUUGCUGAUUUAGUGAACUACCACGGGGUACUGGACUAUAAUCUGUCAGAAGCUAUAAUCAUAUUUCUUUGUGGUUUGGGUGGUGUGUGAGUGUGAAUGAGAGCGUGUGUGUUUACACAGGGGAUGGGAGUGGGUUUGAUAACAGAUGGUUAGUUUUGAACUCCUCUUUGACCUGUCCAACACACACACACACACACAAAUAAAAAUCUCAUUGCUUUCUUCGUCUGCGGCACACUGAGGGAGACGGAGGCACAUAAAUGAAGCCUCUCGUGCUGAACAUAAAGCCCCGUAGAGGAUAUCGAACUCCUUAUUUCUGGUCUUCUGUCCAUCUGGAUCCAAGUUCUCCUGUCUGCUGUGUAAUAAUCAUUUCUAAGCUUUUCCAUGAGCUGAAACGUACAAGUUGGUAACAAUUUGGAAUAAAAUUCUCAUGAAGCGAACAAUUACAUUUUAAAGGUAUAUAUUGCACUUUUUGUAAUUAAAAUAUGCCAAUAAAAUAAUGCUACGUACUACAUAAUAGUUACAGUAUUUAAUAAAUAACUAUUUUUGUAGUCGGGGGGACUAAAUCUGAAUGCAUCCAUUACUGUUGAUGUGUUAGGAACAAUAAAGAAAAUAGCCACACUUUUAAUCUGCACAUGCCAUGCCAGCAAAGUCAGAAAUAUAUGUGUGCAGGUCAUUUCAAUUUUUAUAGAAUAUAGUUGUGUCUUAUAAACAGUAAGUGAAUAUUAAUUUGGUUUAUUUGGAAAUUUAAUUGGCACCAAAAACAACAUCUUUCCAGGUCGUGUGCUAAAUCAGCCCCUAAAAUGCUUCUGUAGUGUGUAAUUAUAAAGUCUAUAUUAAUGGUACUCUCAAUUAGUUUAUCUAUUUAUACAAAAUAAUAUGUAAAUAUUUGUUUUGAGUGUGUUUAAAAAGCUAGGCAGAUGUGUUGUUUGUGGUGGCUGUCUGUGAGGAUGACAGAUACAGGUUUAAGGCAGGUUAAAUUUCCUGUUAAUGGUGCAGCACAUGGAUUCAGAUGGACAGAAACACAUUUUAGGCAGCAGAAAUAACCUCAGUUUAAAAGCAGCAGCCAAAAACUGUCAGUGAGCUUGACGAGCAGACACAGAGUGAAUGUCGGUGUAGGUACUGAACUGAAAAUGUCUAUUUUUAAUGGGUUUUACUGUGGUGAACCUGAGACUUCCACUAAAAUGUCCAGCUCACGUGCAGCUGCUGUGCUCCUCAUCAUUUUUAAUUCACUUUUAAUAAACUUUUUUUUUUCCUUUUUGAAGAACCUUUUAAAAAGUACUUUCAUUUAUAAUUUAACCCACUUUUAUGAACUUCCUCUCUGCACUUUCUGCUGCCUUCUCCAGCGCUACAGCCGAGCAUUAUCCCCUCAGUGAAUGUCAGCAUUGAGAGACGAAUCAGUGAUAUAAUGUCGUUUUGUCCUGUUUUGGACGCCCGUCUCCUUCUGUGUCCUCGUUGCACUCUUUUCAGACCUCAUAAUGGCUCACUGCUUUGUAAAGCAAGUCUUGUUAUUUUUUAGUCGGUGCUCAAAAAACUGGUCUGUUAGACAUUAAAAAUGUCAUGUUUUUAAUGGUGGACAGUUAUGCAAUUAACAGAACCAACUUAGAUGAUUGGUUUUGCAUAUGACCUUGAGAUAAAACAAGUUUUACUGAGGGGAAAGGAAUGGAGCCAAACGCCUGUCUAACCUCACAUCGCAGGUCUGAUUGAGAGGGCACUUUGAAGGAGACCUGCAUCUAUAAUGGGGCAAAUAUUUUCUUCUGAGAUGUGAGCGAUGAGGUUAAAGGUGUGCUAAAGGAAGAAAAUAUUCAGAGCGGAAGCCAAACCCUUACUUUACAGAUUUUAUGAUUUUGGACAGAGGAGGAUUUUGAAGGGCACAUUGAAGCAAGUGAAUAAGUGAGGCUGGGAGAGAGUGUGAGAGUGUUUUUCCUGGGGGGCAGGGCUGAGGGAGGGUGGGGUUCAGCUGCUAGAUGAUAUAAGACUAAGUUCGUCUGUAGUUUUCCAUCAAUCAAUCGACUCUUCUUUUAAUUUACCUUUUUUUUUCCCAAUAAGAUCUGCCUUUAUCCAAUCACACCGGUGUACAAACCAACUGACUUUUAACAUCCGCUGUAUUAUAGUAAAUAAAAAUGAUUUUCAGAAAUGGAAAAACUCUAAAAGAUCUUUUUUUUUCUUUGUUUGCUCUCCAUAAUGUUUCCAAAUAAAGAUUCUUUUUUCCAACGUUGUCAA